UCCAAUAUCGUCCUUAUACAAACUAAAUAAACAUCAAAAAAAAAAUUUAAAUAAAAGUGACAUGUUGUUGUUAAUUUAAAAAAGCCAUAGAGUAAUGAAAAAAUGACUUCAAAAAUAUUAAAAUCAAUUGAAAAUAAUAAUAAUAAGAUAAUAAAUUCAAAUGAUAAGAUAACAUCAGCACAAUUUAGAUGGAAAUUAUUAGCACGUGCAUUAAAAAAAUCACCGAAUAAAAAAAAAAUAGAUUGUUAUGAUGAAAUAUCAGUACGUCGUUUUACAACAUUUAAUUUAAUAAAAUCAGAGCUGUUAUUAAAUGAUGAAAUAACAUUAAAUAAUGAAUUAUCAACAUGGUAUAAUUAUUCAUGUUAUAAUAAUAAAUAUAAUGUUAAAAUAAAAACAAUUAAAAAAAAUAUAUUUACAGCAAAUGAAUUAAUUGGUUUUAAUAAUACUGGCAAUGUAUGUGUUUGGCCAUCAGAAGAAUGUCUUGCAUAUUAUUUACUUGAUAAUCAACGUAUAUGUAAAAAUAAAAAUAUUAUUGAACUUGGUGGUGGUAUGAGUUGUCUUGCUGGUAUAUUUGUUGCUAAAUAUUGUGAACCAAUUAGUGUUACAUUGACUGAUGGCAAUAAUAAAAGUGUUGAUAAUGUUAAAUCAAUUAUUCAACAAAAUAAUAUGAAUGAUUAUGUUAAAUGUUGUAUUGUUAAAUGGACAAAUUCAAAUAAUUUAUUGACAAAUAUUAGAAAUAUUAAUCAGACAUGGACAUUAAAUGAUAUCAAUGUAUCACAAUGUAAUGAUAAUAAUUAUGAUGUUAUAUUAUGUGCUGAUUGUUUAUUUUUUGAUGAUACACGUCAUGAUCUUGUUGAUACAAUAUAUGGAUUAUUAGCUGAUGAUGGUAUUGCACUUGUUAUUGCACCAAAAAGAGGUUUAACAUUCCAAUUAUUUGCUGAUACUGCUAUAAAAAUUAUUGCCAUUAUGAAUUGUAUGGAAAUGUAUGCUAAACAUUUAUACUUGAUACCUGAUUUACAUUAUCCAGUACUUUUAGAAUUAACUAAACAAAAAAAUACAUCACCUGGAUGA